GUAUUAUUUAUAAAUUUUCGUAAAAAUGCCUCAAUGCUGGGCUUUGAGUUUUAAAAACUGGAGAGUUCAUAUAUUUUCCAAAGACCCAAAGUGAAGAAAAAGUGAGGAAAUGCCUUGUGAAUAAAGAAUUUCAAGGAAAGAAUAUGGCACGCUUAAGUUCACUUCAUUUCACAGAAGAUGAUUAUUUUGAAAGAAGUAAAUACACAGGUUACUGUUAAGUAGGUACAGAUGUCUAAAAUGGAGUCGGAGGAAAUGAUUCCAACUGUUAAAAUUGGUGCUCGGGAAGAAAAUGCAGGCUCAAAAGUUAAUGGUAAAGAAAAAAACAGCCUCGAUGGAGCUACAUUAUUAACCUGUGACGACGACCGCGCAGAUUACAAACACUGGUCUACAAGAAAUAAUUCCAUAUUCAAAGAAAAAAAGGAUUUAGAAAAAAAUAAAAAGAAGAAAAAAGUUAAAUACAUCUGUAAAAUAGUAUGUGGAGUGAUACUAAUAGUUUUAUCAAUACUAGGAUUUAUUUACCCCAUCAGAGAUUUCAUGAUCUGGGACAAACUAAACAUGAGGCCGGGUUUCCCCAACUUCGACUGGUGGGCGGAACCACCGCUCACCACCAAAGUGAAGUCGUACCUGUUCAACGUCACCAACCACGAGCGGUUCCUGCUCGGCCUGGACGACAAGAUCAACGUGCAGGAGAUCGGACCCAUCGUCUACAUGGAGCACGUUGUUUUCACCAACAUAAGAUUCACACCAAACGACACUCUGACGUACCGGCCGCAGAGAGAACUCAUAUUCUAUCCCGAACUCAGCGAGUAUGGCCUGAAUGACACUGUGAUAUUACCUAACUCCGCUUUACUGGGCCUCACAUCAAUGCUGUCCGGAAGUGAGAACUACUUCCGGCGAAUGGGUUUCAAGAUGCUUUUAAAGUUGUACCCCAACAACUUCUUCGUGAAACGGACGAUCCACCAGGUGCUGUGGGACUACCGCGAGUCCCUGAUGGAGGGCACCAAGAACUUCGCUCCUGGCAGCGUCAAUUCUACCAAUAUGGGAUUCUUGAAUAAGACAUACGAGCUGAUGCAAAAUCAAGUGACCGUGAAGAUAGGGCCGCGCUGGGGCCACGAGAACUUCUUCAGGAUAUACGACUACGAGGACCUGCCGCAGCUCACCGGGUACGACAUGGACACUUGCUUGGACAACGCUAUCAACGCUACGGAAGGAAUUCUGUUUCCUCAUUACUUGAAGAAAACAGACGUGCCGCUAUUCUUUAGCAAGUCCAUAUGUAGACUGAUGCCACUGGUUUUCGAUGAGGAGCGCAAAGAGGGCAGCCUCACUCUCUACCGGUACAACUUUUCAAAGACUGCGUUCGACAAUAAAGUGGACGUACCUGAGGGUUGUCAGAACGACGAGCUGCUGCUGCCUUCCGGAAUCAAGGAUGGUUCCAAAUGUUACACAGGGUUUCCCAUGGUGCUCUCUCUGCCGCACUUCAACGGCGCCAACAUCACGCCCGACCUCUACGUGACGGGGCUCACGCCGGACUCCGAGAGACACUCGCUCGGCUACUACGAUAUUGAACCGUUGACUGGUAUCCCCCUGCACCUGAGAGUGAGGGUGCAGUGCAACCUGUGGGUACACGACAUCACCGACCUGUACUCCUGGAAGUUCAACAAGUUCGCCAACUUGGUGCUGCCGCUCGUGUGGUUUGAGUUUAGUCAGGAGGAGCUGCCAUCUUACAUCACGAACUUCCUUUACUUCGUGGUCAUCGGUCUGCCGAUCGUAUCUAACCUCCUUGCGACCGUCCUCCUCCUCGGUGGCUGCUACCUUCUGCUCAAACAGACUGACAGGAAGAAAAUUAGUAUAGGCACCAAACAGGUUUUUAAGUCGCUAAGAAAAUAAAUUAUAUUUAAUACGGA